UAUAGUGAAAAAGAAAAAGAAAAAAGAAAACAAGACACAGCAAAUAUUGCCUUCUCCCAAGUCCCAAAUCCAUCUCUCGCAGAAACAGUGUCCUGCAAUUCCUAAAUUUAGGGUUCAUAAAAUCUCUUUCAAAAACCCUAACUCGAUCUCGAAAUUCUUUUGUUCUCUUCCUUCUUUCUGAUCGUGGCACCUCUUACUCACCCUAACCCUCGAUAUCACAUGAUCAUAUUCCAACCGGCGCAUACGUUUUGCUCUAAUCCAACAAGAAAGUCCUCUCUUUCCCCCCUUUAUUCUAAUCUUGUUUGCAGUGUGAUCUGCCAUGGAUGUGAAUGGUGGAAGAAGAGUUUUCAACAGGCUCGGACCAUCCUCUUCGACUGAUAACGGCAAUAAUAGUAAUAAGCAGCAGAAAGUGUGUUUUCAUUGGAGACAAGGAAAGUGCACGAGAUAUCCUUGCCCUUUUCUGCACAGCGAACUACCGGCGGCAGCGAAUGGCAAGAGGGCUCAUCAGGGGUUCGGACAAGAGGAUAAUUAUCGAGGAGGUGGAGGAUUGAGGAGGAGUGGGAACUAUAAUUUUAGUAAUAAUAAUACCUGGGGGAGGGUGCAGUCGCAGCAGCCCGUUAACAGUAGGUCGGUUGUGAAGAAAAUUGAGAAAUUGUGUAAUCAUUGGGUACAAGGGAGCUGUAAAUUCGGGGAUGCGUGUAAAUACUUGCACCAGUGGUCGACAGGGGAUUGCUUUUCGAUGUUGACGAUGCUUGAAGGACACCAGCAGGUUGUAACUGGGAUUGCUUUAUCUUUGGGGUCUGAUAAGCUUUACACCGGUAGUCAAGAUGAGACCGUCAAAGUUUGGGACUGUCAAUCUGGUCAGAUUUCAGCUUCAGUGAAUGUGGGUGGUUCAGUAGGCAGUCUGCUGAGUGAAGGUCCAUGGGUAUUCGUGGGUUUGACAAAUCUUGUCAAGGCAUGGAAUAUUCAAACAUCUACAGAGCUCAGUUUAAAUGGACCUGUUGGACAAGUAUAUUCUCUUGUUGUUGGGAAUGACAUGCUCUUUGCAGGUACACAGGAUGGGUCAAUAUUGGCUUGGAAAUUCAAUGUAGCUGCUAAUUGCUUUGAACCAGCUGCAUCACUCAAGGGUCACACUCUUGCUGUUGUGACACUAGUGGUUGGAGGUAACAGAAUGUACUCUGGUUCAAUGGACCACUCUAUUAGAGUAUGGAGCCUGGAAACUUUGCAGUGUAUUCAAACAUUACCAGGGCAUACAGAUGUUGUGAUGUCUGUUUUGUGUUGGGAUCAGUUCCUUAUAUCUGCGUCAUUGGACAAAACUGUUAAGGUUUGGGCUGCAACUGUGGGUGGUAACUUGGAAGUCACAUAUACCCACACUGAAGAACAUGGAUUGCUUGCUUUGUGCGGGAUGCAUGAUUCUGAAGCCAAACCUGUGUUGUUUUGUUCGUGCAAUGACAAUACAAUACGAGUCUAUGAUUUGCCAUCAUUUUCUGAGAGGGGAAAGAUCUUGUCAAAGAAAGAAAUUCGGUCCAUACAGAUUGGUCCCAAUGGUUUAUUUUUCACGGGUGAUGGGUCGGGUCAGGUCAGAGUAUGGAGAUGGUCUGCCGAACCAGCCAACGCAUGAUGGAGAGAUAUACACGUUAUAGUAAUGAAAUAAUCCUUUUUAUUGUCCCGAGUUUUAUCGUGACCUAAAGGAACAUGAGAAAAUGCCAAUUUUGAGAUCUCAUUAUUCUUGGUCUCUCUUUGCUUUCGAGUGUCUGAAUGAGCCUGUGUAACGGAAUUCCUAAUUUUCAUCUUAUAGAGGUCGUUUCUUGUGUAUUUCAGCCAUUGGAUGAUCUUGUGAUAAAUUUCAUGUUGUGAUGAUCUUUGAAGGAAUUACAUAAUCUUUGAGUAUAACUCACAGUUUAGUAAUUUUUGUAGCUUAAACUAAUGUUGAUGGUUCUGAAAAUGCAAUGAUAUGCCUGUUUGUAAAA